AUGCUGUCAACAAGAACCUCCACCAAGCUCUGCGCCCCUCGGCAAGCGGCCCAGCUAGCACGAGCUGUUGCCCUGUCCAGCACCAGCAGCAGCCAUAUCGCCUUCCUCGGCCACCCAGCAUCCCUGCGAACAACGACUCUCUACCACCCCUCCUCCCAGCGCAACUUUUCGAGCACCCCAGCCUCCCGCCUCCGUGACUUCUUCCCAGCCAAGGAGACGGAGCAGAUCCGCAAGACGGCCCCGGCAUGGCCACACGAGGGUUACUCCGAGGCCGACAUGCUCGCCGUCGUGCCGGGCCACCGCGCCCCUGAGACCUGGGGCGACUGGGCUGCGUGGAAGUUUGUGCGCGUCGCCAGGUGGACGAUGGACCGCGCAACGGGACUGAAGCCUGAGCAGCAGGUCGACAAGAAGAAUCCCACCACCGCCGUGGUGGCCAAUGAGCCCUUGACAGAGGCACAGUGGCUCGUACGCUUCAUUUUCCUGGAGAGCAUAGCGGGAGUCCCAGGCAUGGUCGCUGGCAUGCUCCGCCAUCUCGGCAGCCUUCGUCGCAUGAAGCGUGACAACGGCUGGAUCGAGACGCUGCUCGAGGAGUCUUACAAUGAGCGCAUGCACCUGCUGACCUUUAUGAAGAUGUCGGAGCCGGGCUGGUUCAUGAAGGUCAUGCUCAUCGGUGCCCAGGGCGUCUUCUUCAACGGCAUGUUCCUGUCGUAUCUCGUCUCGCCCAAGAUCACGCAUCGCUUCGUCGGCUACCUCGAGGAGGAGGCCGUGCACACGUAUUCGCGCUGCAUCCGCGAGAUCGAGGAAGGCCAACUGCCCAAGUGGUCGGAUCCCAACUUAACAUUCCCGACCUGGCAGUGCAAGGCUGUUCACCGCGGCGUCAACCACACGUUGAGUAAUCUCAACCAGAACGAGGACCCGAAUCCCUUCACCAGCGAGUACAAAGACGGUCACAAGCCGGCAGCAGCCCUCAAGCCGGCUGGGUACGAGAGGGCUGAGGUCAUCUAG